CCAGUACGCCUUCAACCAGCACGCGAAGACGCCGCUGAGCGAGCUGGCCUGGUGGUGCAUCGAGGGCGAGUGCUACCCCUUGCGCGGCGGGCUGACCGUGGUGACCGACGGGUCCAAGUGCGCCCACGGCGUUUGGGCCCCCGCUUGCUGCCAGCAUCCUUUCGUUGGCUGCGCGUUCGUGCGCCAGUAG